UUAUCACGACAUUUUUUCAGCGCUGUUUACAGUUUGGCCCAAAUGUAUUUUUGCAAAUCGCGAGUUUUAUUAAGUUUUACGCGUUUUACGUAAAGUUCAUAAUGUAUGGCUCCAAAAAUAAAAUGAAUCUAGAUGGUGCCGCAAUGCUUCCUGGACCAGAUCCAGAUUUUUUCGCAGGGUCAGUGCAAGCAACGCCGUCUGUAGGAUGCUACGAGGAGGUAGUGACGACCAGCAAUGAAAACGAAACUGAGCUCUCUUUCCGCAACGUUGAAACGUCGACACCAAAACGGAAGUCGAACGAUGCGAGUAAAUCCAAUAAGCAUAGUCGUUUGCACCCAUCGAACUCAAAUUCCUUCAUCGAUCCCCCGUUGCGAACCAGAUUGUCUCUUAGCAAAUCUAUGCCUAUCCAAACGCUACCUGAAAUCGAUGCAUAUCGUGGAUUCGUCAACCCUCCUCUCCGAAACAGGCAUUUACGAGAGUUCAAUCAUUCUGCUGACCCACUGCUACCCAGAUAUCCGUUUUCCGUUAAAAUAGAAAAGCAAAGAAAUGAGCUACAGACUGCAGAUUCAAACCGUCACAAAAUGGAAAUAGAGCGAAGCUCUAGAAGGCUGCCAUUGCUGGACAGAUCGCUUGGCACAAUACGCAAAUCACAGGUAUCCGGCGAAAACAGAUCAUUUUCAGUAUCGGGACGGCGCCGUGAUUCGUCGUUGCAUGUAUCCGUUGAUGCGGUUACGAAUAAUGAACGAUACAGGUAUGGAAAGAUUAACAACUCGAUCAGAGACCUACAUCUACAUCGUACAUCAGUCCGAGAUGGAGAGCACCGAAAAGGCGAAGAAAAGCUCAAAAAUCAAUCAUAUUCUGCAAACGACAAAUCUCAGGUGUCCGUCAAAGAUUAUUUGUCAUUGGCAGUAGGACAACACCAAGACCUAAAAGCAAAGUCCUUUUGCAACUCGUUGAGAGGCAACAGUGACCGCUUACACCGUGGAAUAAACUCUGAAGUAGGCAAACAGAUAAUCAGGCCGGAUAUCUCGCAGAUUUCGAAUAACUCAUCGCUGCUCAACGGACGGUGUGCUGCAAUCGACUUAUCCCAGGUACCCGUCGUUCUUGAUAAAAAUAAUGAUUCAUUAUCGUCUGUUGCUCGACGCAGUGAUAGCAAGGGCCCUCCGCUUUCAAUAACCCAUGCAUCUUCAAGUAACAAUUUGAUUCGAGACACCACGGCCAUCGACCUGAGUUGUAGACCAACGCGAGAAGUAGAGCAGCAGAGAAAAGAAGUGAAGUUAUCGCGAAGUUUGAGUGAAUCAUAUUGGCGAAAUGAAUCGUAUACUGCAGGAAACGUUUCAAAGCUAUCCGAUUCGUCAUCAGUGGUAGGAAGACAUCAAGAACGAAGAGCUCAACUGUUAUCCAGGAACCCAUUAAAAGAUAUCAACGGCAAUGAUCUACACCGCGGAUUGCAAUCUGAAGCAGAUAGGCGAAACAUCCGGUCAGACAAGUUACAGGCUUCGAAUAAUUCGUCGUUGCUUAACGGACGAUUUCCUGCAAUCGAUUUAUUACAACUAUCUUCUGAGAAUGGGCUUCACAGGGAACGAGCAAAUUCUUCCCAUCAGUGUGUCUGUGCAGCUUCACGCAGUAAUUCGCAAAGAUUCGAAAGCAGAUAUGAUCAACAUUAUAGGUCGGCUCAGGAAAUUGAUAGCCACCGGACGGUAGUCAAGAAAAUGAGAGGUUUGGAGUUGCCUUUGCUAGAUAGGUCGGAUGACGCAAUUGACGCAUCUCAGAUGUCCAUCAAUUCAGAUGUUAGCAAUCUAUCAUGGUCACAAAUGAGAAAACACCAGGAUCGAUCACCAUUGCGUCGAUUUGUAGACCCAUUUUCACAGUCGAGGAACUCCAGCAACCUUGGGUUGUUAAAAGAUGACAGACAGAGACAUAAAAUGGACAGUCCGCGUACUUCUAGGAUGUACUAUGCAUACAACACCUCGAAUACGACAGUCGAUACAGUUCAGGAUCCUAAUUUCUCGUACGCGUACGAUGAAUCAUCGAGAAAAUUGCGGAUUGGCAAACUCUACCGGAAUGUUUCACGAAACCUCUUCAAUCCUAUUUGGUCACGAGAAAACAUUGGCGUAAAUCCACGGCACAAGCAGCACGGUGAAUUCAGCAUUCAUAGAGAGAUUCACAGUACAUCGUAUGAUUCCGCUCGUCAUAGCAAUGGAACAGAUGGACAGGAAGCUAUUAUCGACUUAUCUCGCUCAAGUCGUCACCCAAGGCAAGAAUUGGCCAACGAGAUGGCCAAGCAAAAAGCAAACAUGUCACAGGAUUUGAUCGGCCUAGACCUGCGCUGCCAACCAGCAGGAAUCACUAAGCCAAGUCUUCCGGAGAUAUUGGAACAUGUUGGAUCAGAUGGAAUAGGAUCACUGGUGCAAAACGGAGAGCCGGAUGUUUUCAAAGCAGUUCUAGAUUUGAACCACCGUUCAGCAUGUAUCGAUUCUGUCUCGCAUGCUUCAAGCAAACUUGCUGCCGAUACGAUCAUUGAUGCAGAACCGCCAGUUUUAGUGGAGAAAACGUUAUGCGACCCACCAGCACAUGGUAGACAGCUGGUGGCUAAAUAUAGCUUGAUUCUACCAGAUGAUGAAAACAUGUCUACAAAUGAAGCCCACGUCGAGGAACAAACCGAAAUUGGUGUUCCGACUACUCCUACCCGACUAAACACAUCGAUAACGAAACUAACAAACGAUCACACUAAGCCGUCCGACAUAAUAGCAGCUGAACCGGUUAUGCAACAAAAGUGUACAACUGAUGCCACAAUUUUCGAAACGAGCGAACAGCUGUUCCCUAAACCUACUGAGUUGGCGAAUGAGCAGAUAGCCAUUUGUUCUCAAUUGCAGAUUAGUUCGAAUCAGGAAUUUGCAAAUAAUGCACGACAGAACUGCGAUGAGAACAGUAAGAGGAAUGAUGAUUCCGAUUCAGAGGAAUUUGCAAAUAAUGCACGACAGAACUGUGAUGAGAACAGUGAGAGGAAUGAUGAUUCCGAUUCAGAGCAUGAAGACUUGGACGAUAACGCUCAUGAGAUUCAAAUUGGUGAUCUUACUUUAUUGAAUGAGUUCAUAGUUGACGAAUAUUUUGAAAAAUAUACUAAUCAAACACUCAUCAAUGACGACGAUGAAGGCGAAAAGGAACACCAAGAAUCGUCACCAACACAUUCUCCUGCUGACGUCGAGUUAAACAACGGUGACCUCGGAUUUGAAGAGCUGAAUACAAACUCUCCGCCAAAGAAAAAAAAUCUUCGAAUUGUUAUUCGAAACUCGCGAAUGCGCGGUUUGCAGUACACGCGAGCUGACGGUGUUGUCAUCCCUGCUCGAAGCGUUAAGCCUCCGUGCAGUUGCAGCAAGUAUAAAUGUUACGAAAAAUACAGCGAAGAAAUACGACAAAAACUGUUGAAAAACCUUUUGAAGUUGACGACAUCCGGUCAGAACCAGUUCAUAAGCAAUCACUUUUCAAUCCGGACCACUGCUCGGCCUAAGGGCCUCGGGCAUUCACGGAGAGUGUUCACCAGAUCUUACUUUCUUCCCGCUGUCAACGGCCGUAUUCAUGUUUGCAAAGAAAUGUUCAGCCACACAUUGGAUGUUAAGGAUAAAAAGAUUCGCGUGCUGGCUGAUAAAAAGGUUGUUGGAUUGGGUAUCACUGCAGACGAUCUGAGGUCCAACAAUAGGUCACAAAAAGCACUGCAUGAAAGCGAUUUGGUUUAUAUCGAGCAGCAUAUACGCUCAUUUCCUGCAUACACCUCGCACUAUGCUCGUGAAAGGUCAGAUAAGCUCUAUUUGAGCUCUGACUUAUCCAUAAGUCGUAUGCAUGAGCUAUAUAAAAUAAAAUGCCUGGAAGACAAUAAGCAGCCUGUGCAGUACAAUACUUAUCGUAAGAUGUUCAAAAAGUUGAACAUUUCUUUUAGGAAAUUGAAGGUUGACACGUGUUGUAAAUGUGACAAGUUUGCUAUCAGUCUCAAACUGGCAACAGAAGAUGAGAGGCCAAGUAUUGAAAAAGCGCGAGAAAGGCACCACGCUGAGGCCGACGAGCCAUACCUCCAAAAAAAACGUGACGUGCUGAAAGCAAAAUCGGAUAUUCGGUAUAGGACGGCGACAUUCGACCUACAAAAAUGUCUACCAACUCCGUAUUUAAGCACUGGUAUCGCGUUCUACAAACGCCAGUUGUAUACGUACAACCUGGGCCCUGUAGCAUAAUCGGGCUAAUAAUAUUAGCUACAAGUUACAAGUUACAAGUACUAAUAUUACAAGUGCUAAUAAUUUGUGUUGCAUAAAGGCUCAAUUUUCCACUAAUAUUAUUAGUACUUGUAAUAUUAGUGACCAUGAAAAUACAAGUUGUUUUGGUUCAUUUACCUGUCAAAAUUCAUCCGACAGUUCACUAUUAAUUUGAAAUGGCAGUUGAUGUUUGUUUAUAUUCUGCAUUUUCCGCGUAACAUCCGGAAAUAACUUCAUUUAUUCCGAAGUUUUGCAUUCUUCAUACGAUAGAUGAAAAGCAUGUGCUGUUUGGAUAAUUUUCGGCCGCUCUGACGAAAUAUUUUUUACAAAGUAUGGCACAAAGUAUGGCACUUCAAGAACCUAGAUUUUUAGUAAAAUGUCCCAAAGAUAUAAUAGUAGGUACUGGUUGAAAAACAAUGUAUAAAGAUUUAGCAACAUGUAUUAUGGUUUUUGUUAAAAUCCGAAGUGAUCAGGGAUGCAAAAAUUGAGCUUUUACCUACUUUUAUAUGUCGCAACUCGAUUCGAGUUAGUGUAUAUAUAUUGUAGCGCUUAAUUAGCUUAAUGAUGCGCAAUAUAAGCAAUUGAUUCAAAUUUAUUUCGCAUCUGCAACUUUACCUGUGCUUAUGCAGUGACCAUAAUAUAUAACUUUACCAAGAACCUCCAAUCAAAGAUGGGUAUUGUAGAAACUUUGAGGAACUUGAGAGACUCAGCAGAAAUUAUAUUUUGGAUACAUAGUGUACAUCAAAGCAAUUUUCUCUUCAAUGAGUUCUGAAUACAUAUACUGCCAAAUUUAAUCGUCGAAAACUGGAAUUAAGGUUGACAUGUUGGAUAAAUAAUAUCUUUUGAGUUCAUCAAAAUGGUAAAUCGAUAUAUUCAAAACUAAAUAUGACUUCUGCAAUACUUUAAAACUAACUUGUAAAUUAUUUUACAAGACCUUUGAGACUUGUAAUCAAAAGUACAAGUCAUAGCUAAUAUUUUAUACUUGUAGUUUGUUUAUGCAACAUACACUUGUAAAUACUACUAAUAAUAUUAGUCCAACCGACUUGUAGUAUUGGACUUGUAACUUGUACUUGUAGUAUUUUUAUGCAACAGAAAAUUAUAAGUUACAAGCUAUAAGACUAAUAUUAUUAGUAAAAUUUUCAUUAUGCUACAGGCCCCUGACCAUAUUUGCCAGUCAUCUUUCAGCAAACUCUGUGCAGUGCUUCCUCUGGGAUGAAUCGAAAGCAAGAAGAGGGUCGCAGGAAAUAGGAUCAUGUCUAUUAAAGGAUCUGCAAGACUUAGAUGAGAGAGUGGAAACUAUGGUGUACUAUUCAGACCGCUGUGCCGGCCAAAACCAUAAUGUUAUAAUCUGUAUGCUCUUUCUAUACUUUAUCGAAAGCUGUGCUCGCGCUGGACGCACACUAACCAUUGAACAUAAGUUCAUGGUAUCCGGUCACAGCCACAUGCAGGUGGACUCUGUGCACGGCGCAAUAGAAAUUGCCAAGAAAAGGUGUUCUAUGAACAUAGAAACCCCUCGCGAUUGGGCGGUUUUUAUUUCGGCCAUAAGCAGAAAAGUGCCAUUCAAAGUUAUUGAAUUGGAACAAAGUAGCUUCUUAGCGCUGAAAGGCCUGGAUUCAUAUUACAAACGGUCAAAAACGGAUACAGAAGGUGAAAUUGUAAGAUUCAAAGAAAUCGCUGCAUUCAAAUACACAACCGGUGAUUUGGGGACUGUGUAUUUUAAGUACGAUUUGCGCGACGAAGAAUAUCGGCAGUUCACCAUGAACCGAGAUCUCAACAUACCUAUCGUUUUGCCGUCGGCAAUAAGUGAUGAGCCGAUCCCCAUUCCUCAGGAAAAAUUGGAAGAUCUGCGAAAGUUGAUGGAAUUUGUCUCCAAUAAGGCUUUCUAUGAGACGCUUCUGAAGCAGCUAGUACCGAAAAAGCGUGGGCGGCGCUCAAAAAUCGAAGUUGAGGACCACUUUGAGGCCGAUCUGGACCAAGAUCUCAUGGCGGAAGAGCUGACGCAGGGGUAGUCAAUAGAGAUAGGCCGGGUAAUAAGUGUAUAAGCGAAAUAAAAGUUGUUAUCGUUUCAUUGAAUCAUUUUUUUUUAUUUUACAAUAUCACCACUUAUACAUUACUUGUUUUAUCUUUUGUUCGCGUUAUCAAUACGUAUGAAAAGUGCAAUUCAUAUUAUGAUAAACUGAAUUUCCUCUUAAUUCAAGCGGCAGACUUUACGUAAGGUACACUGGGGUAAGUUGAAAUGGGUGGGACAGGAAAAACGAGAAACUUUGAACAAAAUUUCGUUACAAUUUAAAAAUCUAUCCUUCACCAAAAGGUUAUUGAAAUUUGAUUCAAAAACUGUGUAAUGCCAUUCCAAUUGCUUAUGAAUUGAUAGCAUCAUAUUAACCCAUUAUUUUCCUACCCCACUCGUUUCAGCUUGCCCGGUGUACCUUAUUACGUAGGUCGCUGCAUACUAAUAUCCAAGUAACCCUGCAGUUCAAACCGUAAAACAUGCAUACAAAGAGUGUAUAAAUCAAGCAUGAUCCUGUAUGUACAAUUUGAGUUGAAUAAAAGUCGGAAAAGAUCCCAUUAUAGUCGCAUAUUAGCUAACUACAACCUAGGUAUCAGGUAUCAGAAGGUCGGCUACAGAGGCACGUUCUCCUUCAUUUGGGAAAUUUGUGCCAUCGCCAUGAACACGAGCCUGACUACAAUCUAGGACACUACUAUUAGGCUUGGGGCUCUUGUCCAGGUUAAUUCAACUUCUAAUUAUUGUUGGAUAAUAUUUUAAGGGCUGUUUGCAGUUCAGAAGGAAUUUUUCAGCCUAUCUUGAUAGGGAAAUUCCUUGUCUGAAUCGCUCAAGAAGGCGUUUUCAGAAGGCAAUUUCCUUGACUUCCUUGGGCAGAGUAUGCUCGUGUCUGCCACACGAUAUACGAAUGCAAAAUAAUCAUAAGCAAAAAUGGUCUUUGGCCUCAGAUUAGUGUUCUAUUAGAUCAGCACGUCCCGAAUGACUAAAGCCUGCGUCUCAACCUUGUUUACUAUUAGAUCAACUCCUUUGGGACUUUACGCAAAGAUGAAAGAAAGAAUUUGUAAUAAACCGCAAUAAAUAGUGAAUUUCUUUUAAAUAGUAUUUUUAAUAUUUUUAGAACCAAGAAUAUUAAAAAAGGAUAAAAUAGAAACUACGGGGUUUUCAGUUUUGUGGUUUCCUUUUAAUUUGUCAACAAAAUUUGUUGAGGGUACAUUCAAUUAUACCCUCCGGUAAUCCAAUUGUUCAACAAGUAACAGUUACUAUCUGAAAAAACUCCUUCUAAAUGGUCUGAGAUCCAUUCAAGUUCUUUGCUAGAUUCUGCUAACUUUUAACGUUUUCUUCUGGAGUCGCCAAGCCUCCUGAUUUUCAAUCGUUGAGUUUCCCUCACUUCCAGCUAUUCACGGACUUCCCUAUGCAAAACAUUCAUCCUGCCGAUCGUUCGAUCCGUCUCAGCUCCACACACGUCUUCCGUCCGUUUCAAAACCCAAUCUGGCCGCUCCUCCUGGUGGACAUCUACCGAAAGCAGUCAGUCACAAUCGAUGCCGUUCUCCUGAAUCGUAUCCGCAACUAUUUUGGCAUCCGUUUUGGAGGUGAUGUGUGCAGCCAACAUUCGCGGUCCCGGGGGAGUUUUUCAUUAACUCCGUAAGCUGUUCCUUGCGCCAAAAAGAUGUACUGUCCAAUCUUUCCAUAGCUCCGGAUGGCUUCGUUGUCGACCAUGAAAUCGCAGUCGGAAUGUUCCAGGGUGGUGUGGGUCGUCAGAAUCGAGUUGUAUGGCUCAACGACGGCCGUCGAAACCUGAGGAGCAGGGUAGAUAGCGAAUUCGAGCUUGGACUUCUUGCCGUAGUCAACCGAGAGACGUUCCAUCAGCAGGGAACUUGCUUCGUAAUGUGUUUUAGUCACAGAAA